GCAAGAGGAGGCGGAAUCCACCCAACAUAGCAAUGGUCUGGUAGAGGAUAGUGCUAAAGAUGGUGCUGAGGCGUUGACGGAGGUCAACUGUGCUGCUGCUGCUGCGUUGGAGGAGGAUGGCAAGGUGCCGCGGCCUGACCGCCAGCAGCACACAUCCUUCCGUCGCGAAAGGCGCGGCAGUGAACACGGACGAAAUGAGACCUGUACUGACGAUGAAGAGGGCGAAGAAUACGUCGCAGGUACUUCACUAUCUACCACAUUUAUUUUCCGCUGUUUGCUCUCUCUAUCUCUCUCUCUCAAAAUCGCCCCCCUCCCUGCCCUCUUCUUCCCCCGCCGCCUUGUCUCGUCCGACGAGAAGUAG